CAAUUUUUUGGUGCUGUAGUGCCCUCUUUGACUCUAAGGAACAUAUUUUAAUCAAAUAUGUUUGCAAUGUGGAGUCACUGGCAAUGCAUCUCAUUUUCCUUCACAUGAGCACGAUAGGAUAUUGAACAGUUGAUCUGUGGACCAAGAGUGAACCUGGGUCACUGAACCUGUGAAUCUUCAAUGAUUUAAAUAGUUUUUAAAUAUCAGAGACAUCUGAAACCUUUACUUCUUGUCAGGAUGGUGCCAGCGAACAAUACUACCUUGAGUGAAUAAUCCAGGAAACCUUUUCUCCCACUUCUUCUACAUCUUCUCUAUAUUUUCAAUGUGUUUCUGGCACCGCUGGACCCCCUGAUCUACAGUUGGAAGAUCGAUUGAGCGAACUGGCACUUUGUUGUCUCCAGGAAAAUUCCAGGAGAGUGGACACGAGGUCUGGAAGCUUAGAAACGGGGCACUUCUCACUGAUCUCACUGAUUAAAGCAUCGAGGAAUAUUAAGCUAUUGAGGUACAUGUGAAAGGCAGGAAAAUGUUGCUUGAAAAACCGAAGGGAAAUCAACAAAUCUCAAGCACAUGAGCUAGCUGCAGUGGAAAAACUGAACUCAAGGAAUACCACAGAGGAGAUACAGGGUGAUCAAGAGGACCAAAUGCGUUACCUGUUGCGGAUUGAAGGCAAAGAAUGGCUGUUGUACCUCACAAAGGCACGAGAAAUACUGGCUGAGACCUACAGUGAAACCUACUACUUACCAGAUGGAUCCAUGGUAACCAAGACUCGCCACCAACUUGACCACUGCUGUUACACUGGGUUUGUUGAGGGAGUUGAGGAGUCCUCAGUGUCUCUUUGCACCUGCCAGGGUCUCAGUGGGUACAUCUUGAUGGGAGACCAGGAGUACAUCAUUGAUCCAGUGAACAAUGGCACUGGAAUGCACAAAGUGAGCCGGACACCACACAUACGGACAAAGAGGCACCUCUCCCACUCCUACUCGCAACCUCUGACUCACACCAAUCUCAGCAUUGAACUCUACCUGGUGGCUGACAGAGAGGAGUUUCUGCAGAAUGGGGAGGACCUCAGAAAGACACAGGAGCGUUUAAUUACUCUUGCACAUUAUGUCAAUCAGAUUUACCAAAAGCAGUUAGAUAUCCAGAUUUUUCUAGUUGGUAUUGAAGUCUGGACAGACAAAAACAAGAUUGGCUCCAGUGAAGAUACAGCCGAAGCUCUGGAAAACUUCAUGCAGUGGAGAACCAAGGAGCUGGUGCCGAGGAAGCACCACGACAAUGCCCAACUUAUCAGUGGUGUGCCUUUUCAGAGGUCUCUAGGACAAGCCUACCUCAGCGAGAUGUGCUCGAAGGAGAGAAGUGGAGGAGUUGUCAAGGAUGACCAGGAUUACAUCAGAGAGCUGGCUAAGUACGUUGCCCAUGAGAUGGGUCACAAUCUGGGAAUGCAUCAUGAUAGACCUGCUUGUCACUGCCCUGUCACUUCUGGGGAAUGCUUACUGGCAACAACGAUUGAGUCAACAAUGAAUCCAAUAUUCAGUGAUUGCAGUAAGAAAUUUCUGAACAGCUUCUUGAGAAGAUUUAACGUCAGUUGCUUGAAGGAUCGGCCAGCCACCUCCAUGAAUAUCACGGUAGCAUUAAUAAAGGACAACAGUUCGAUGAAUUUGAAGAUUGGUAUUAUUGCCUCCGCUUCAUUGGUUCUUUUCAUCUUUGCGGCAGUUGAUAUAUUGCUUUUCCUGAAACACAGAAGAAAAGAAAACUGCACGAGCAGCAUUCAGCAUGUUUCUAACCAUCUCCUUCCGCAAAGCGUCGUCUAACCAAAGAACUGCAAGUGAUGUAAAGGGGCAAGCUCACACCGCUAUUUCAAAAUAGUCGAUUCAAUGAGCCAUUAUCAUUCAUUCACUACCUCAUCAGAUAAGGCAGCAGAGCAUAAAAUCGUUCACUCAAACUGAUCUCAGAGAUGAGUGAAACAGAGAAAAGAUUUCUGCCAUCAAGUUUGCUCCAGUAAUGUAAAGAUGUAUGGUCAAAGUGUAUGAUCUGUCAUUGCUAACCAUUCAAAUCAACCUAUGUCCACCGAGGGAGAAUUCUUUUGUAAGUAUCUGAAUGUUUGAAUCAUUCAUAAUGGAAUAUUUUAUAAUACAGUACUGCCAAAAGGGUUUGAUCCAAUACGCAUCACAGGGAUAUAGUCGUUGUUCUUCACACUCCCAUCAGGGAGGAGGCUGUGGAGCACACAUGCCAGGACCACCAGACUCAAAAAAACAAUUACUUUCUCCAAGCAGUAAGGCUGGCCAACAACUCCAGCCACUAACCCACCCUUCCACUACUUUAUCAUUUCCUGUCAGGGUCACCCCUGUGCUUGGCAUCACUUUAUGGGCAUAAGAUCAAUCUAUGUAUAUAAGCUAUCUCACAUAUUUAUAUUUAUUGUGUUUUCUUUUGUUAGACAUUGGAUCUGGAGUAACAAUUAUUUCAUUCUCCUUUACACUUGUGUACUGGAAAUCUUGAAGAUUGGAAACAUCCGUAGUACGUGUAUUGAACCAAACUGACCUUGCACUAUCUGCUAUUAGUUUGUUAUGAAUGAAUUGGUAGAGAAAGAAUCAUUCAGAUUUUUCAAAACAAAAAGACAAACUGUGAAGAAUUUGAUUUCUUUUAUAGUGGGUAAGAAAUGAAUAGAUUUUAAUAUGCAGAGGGACCUUGAGGUAUUUGUUCACAUGUUGCAGAUGCCUGUGAAAAAAUGGGAGCAGAAUUAGGCCAUUUAGCCCAUCGAGUCUGCUCUGCCAUUCAAUCAUGGCUGUUUUGUUAUCCCUCACAACCCCAUUCUCCUGCCUUCACUCCAUAACCUUUGAUACCCUGACUAAUCAAGAACCUAUCAGCCUCUGUUUUAAAUAUACCCAAUGACUUGGUCUCUGCAGCUAUCAGUGGCAAUGAAUUCCACAGAUUCACCACCUUCUGCCUCAAAAACAUCCUACUCAUCACUCUUCUAAAUGGAAUGUCAUUCUACAUUGAGCAUUCAGUUACAAGAAGCAAUUAUUUCAGUGUGUGUGGACAACAGGAAGUCUUGCUGCAGCUGUCUAGCCUAUGGUGAGAUCCAAUCUAGAAUACAAAAAGAAGGAUAUACUUGCUUCUGGGGAAGCAUGGCACAGAUAGAUUCCUCAAAGUUGCCAUGCAGGUUGAUAGGAUGGUUAAGAAAGCCUUCAUUGGCCUUCAUUAGUUGGAGUGCUGCAUUCAAGAGUUGUGAGUUAAUGUAGCUCUUUAAAACCCUGGUUAGACCAAACUUGGCAUGUUGUGGUCGGUUCUGGUCAUCUCAUUAUAGGAAGGAUAUGGAAGUUUUAGAGAGGGUGCAGAGAAGAUUUGCCAGGAUGCUGCCUGGAUUAGAGAGCAUAAGUUCUAGGUUGAGUAAACCAGGACUUUUCCCUUUGGAGUGAAAGAGGAUGAGUGGUGACUUGGCAGAGGUGUACAAGAUGUUAAGAGGCAUUGAUGAAAUGGACGGGCAGAAACCGCUCCCAGAGUGUAAAAGGUUAAUAAUUUCAGGAGAAUUGGCAAGAAGUAUGGAGGGAGGUCAGAGGUCAGGUGUUUUACACAGAGAGUGACAAGUGUGUUGAACGCCCUACUAGGGUGGUGAGCACUGUUCCCUCUAAGCUGUGCGGCUGCAUGGUAGCUGCAGUGUUCCCAUGCACAUAGACUUUGUUGCUGUGCAGCUGGAAUUUCUUUUUUUUAUAAUGUUAUUGUAAAAUGCCGCACACUUUUCAGGCCACGUAAAAAUUUCCUGCUCAAAGCAAUGGCUGGUCCACUCAGCUGUGUAAAAUAAAAACUAGAGGAAAUGUUGUUUGUUGCGAGAUGCAGGUACAUUGUGAGCAUUUAAGAAAUUCUUAGACAGGCAUAUACACUCAAUGGCCACCUUAUUAGCUAAAAAAAAGUGGCCCCUGAGUGUAUGUCCAUGGCCUUCUGCUGCUGUACCCCAUCCAUUCAGGUUUUGAUGUGUUAUGCUUUCAGAGAUGUUCUUCUACACAUCACCGUUGUAAUAUGUAGUUACUUAAAUUACUGUUGCCUUCUUGUCAUCUUGAACCAGUCUGGCCAUUCUUCUCUGACCUCUCUCAUUAAGAAGGCAUUUUUGCCCACAGAACUGCCACUCAGUGGAUAGUUUUUAAUCUCGUACACCUUUCUCUGUAAACUCCGGAGACUUUGGGUAUCCUUCAUUGAUUAAAUUCAGGGUCUUUGGAGAUAUUGGGUUUUAAGAAUGGAUGGAAAUUGGAAUUAGAUGGUCAGGUGGAUUGGAGGGUCAAAAUUAGUCAUGAUUUCUCUGAAUGGCAAGUAAUUUGCAACCCACACAAAACACUGGGGGAACUCAACAGGCCAGGCAGCAUCUAUGGGAAAGAGUGAACAGUUGAUGUUUCGAGCCGAGACCCUUCAGCAGGACUUUACUCUAGAUGGUGAGUUCCUGCAGUCGUUUGUGUGUGUUGCUUGGAUUUCCAGGAUCCGCAGAUUUUCUCCUGUCUGUGUUGGGUAAUGUUGAAUGGCUUACGCUUGGUUGGACUUUUCAUGUUCCCAAUUUAAUAAAAUGUGAAUUUCAGACAAGAAGUAAUGUCAUACCUCAGUUUCGACUUUCUUGUUUAGAUACUGUGAAUCUUAAUUCUAUAAAUGUAAGUAGUUGUUUAACCAGACUUACUACUUCAUUACAAUACAAACAUAAUGUUGGAAUCAGUUGUUUUUUAUGCUUGCAACGACAUGUCAUUUAAAGUAAUGCAAGACUAAAAUCAUAAUAUUUACAAACACAAUUUGUAUUUUUUUAAAAUUAGGAUAUGUUAAACAAUAUGUGCUGUUGUCUUCAACUACUGGUGGGAAAGAGGUACAGCAGAUACAUAAGAGUUUAUCAGCUUUUUCAUUUUUCAUUGGGUAAGCAUUAGCACUGACACAUGUGCUCUGACUAUGUGUCUUAAUUGGUCAGUCCUUAUCUCAGGGAUAUUUCUUAUGUGAAGUAUAAAAGUGCCAGUUUUUGUAAAGGUGCCAUCUUUGUGUCUUUGUUUUUUCAUCUUCCUUAGC